AUGAAUGUCAGCCAAGACGAAGCAGACCGAGUUCUCCGACUCAGAUCCCGAGAACGCGAAACACACGCCUGCUAUCCCUGUCGGAAGCGCAAAGUGAAAUGUGAUGGCUAUAACCCAUGUCGGACCUGCAUUCGUCGCAAGCACCCACACAUCUGCUCCUAUCAAUUGCGUGGGCGAGGGGGCCCGUUGUCGCCUGUAGCUGCGCGAGGGAGCGUCGGGAAUGUGAGGUCGCCGGAGGGCUCGGUUGGUCAAAAUCUUGAUGUUGAUGCUGAGGCUGGUCCUCAUCGACCUGCGGAGGCUAGCGAUGUGCGACCGGACGAUGCUUCGAAGAAUUAUGUGUAUUCUGGGGAUAACUCGGUCGUCUCGAUUCUGCGUCUGAGAGCGUCUGAUGCGAAUGAUUCCGUGGCCAGAGAGGUUGGAUCGGUACUGGGUCUUCAGAAUACCUUCAAUUCGUACCCAUUUAUGGAUUCCAAAACACCCCAUGAGCGGUGGCGGUCGUUACUCGGCAUUUUGCCGCAGCGAACAGAGGUUUUGAAAUUCUUUCAUUAUUAUCGCGUGACUGCGUACCCUUUCAAUCCAAUACUGGCGGACAUGGAUCGGUUUGAGUCAGAUCUGUGCACUUAUCUAAAUGCCCAUGCAAACGGGGACCUCCGUGACGCAGAAAAAAUCACCCAGCGUUGGGCAACGGAUAAAUCGAUCGGCCACAUCGCCUUGCUGCUAGCCACUUUGGCAGCUGGCGCACAUUACUCCGAUAUCGAGUACCCGCAGCGCUUGGAGCUUUCUACAGACUUUGCUCGCCGGUCAUUUCAUGCUCUUCGCCUGGCAAAUUUUCUCUUUCGCCCGUCAUUGGACAUAAUUCAGGCACUUUUGAUACUAGGGAAUACAUUACAAAAUAUGGGCCAGUCGGAUGCGGCUUGGGCGUUGUUAGGCACGACCAUUCGGUUGGCACAGACCAUGGGGCUUCAUACCGAGCGCAGCACCGUGCAUUGGCCUGAGUAUGUGCGAACAAAGGCAAGGGCCUUAUGGUCGACAAUUGUUUGGCAAGAUAGCUUACUCUGCCUUUGUUACGAUCGCCCUCCCAUCGUAUCAGUUACCGGAUGGCCGCUUGGCACCUCAUAUAUCGAGAGGCAGGGCCUUUCCUAUACGGAAAACAUGCAUUUCAUAUGUAGAGACCUGAGGGUCUCAGGCAUUGCUGCUGCUGACAGAGCAAUCGAAUAUUUGCAGCACAUUGACAGUGUCCACCAGAAAGCUCAGCCGCAUUUGCAUUCUCGAGAAAAUUGUACGACAUUACAACAACACCUUGAACACCUCGCAUUGAAGAUGCACACCUCAUUUUGUGUAUCUGUUGCUUGCCGUCCAGCCAUGAAACAAGCACAGACACAGCCACCACACUCCGAUAUUCUCCGAUCACGCGCGAAGGGAAGCUUGAUUGACGCUUCGAGGGCAUUCCUCGAUUUCCAAGCGCUUAGUGUUGUCCCUCUACGCAGCUGGUCUAUGGUACAUACUGUCUUAAGCUCAACCCUUCUGCUCUGUAUGUGGGAGGAAACUCGCAACGACCCCGAAUGCCGCGAUCUCCAACAAAAAGUAAUCGAUGUCUUUUCUUCCUCUGAUUCACGACCCGAUGAUGGGGGAGUGGCGGAGCCAGAUCAACAGUGGCUGUCCGCUCGUCAUAUUCGGGCGUUGGUGACACUCCGAAGUGCCCUUGACAGGGAAGGAGAUCGAUCGAUGGAGAAUGAGAACGCUGCAACAGGAUCAAAUGCGGUUCCAUUUGAUGGAAAUUUUGAAAGUUACCUUGAAAUGCCUAAUGCCUUCGACAUCUCUCCGGUCACGUAUCUUGAUUCAAUCAUGAAUGUGCCGAUGUUUGACUUCACACAAGAAAAUGGGUUUUUAUGA